AUGGAUGAUUCAGAUUUAUCAGCAACAGGGUCUAAACAGAAUAUCGAAAUAAGUGCUGAUACAGCUUCUGAUGAUUUUCUUUAUGAUGUGAAUGAUUUUAGUGUCAACUACUUGAAGAAAACUUCCUUAUUAUCUCGAGGUAUUGAUGAAAUUGGUUUCGGCCGUUAUCAAUUUGGUUUAAUAUUCGUGGCAGGUUUCGGUUGGUUGGCUGAUAAUGCCUGGCCAGUAUGUACAUCAUUGAUUUUACCAGCUUUGAAAGAGACCAAUGGAGUUAUACCACCUGUUGGUAAGGGACCUUAUUUAGUAUUGGCUCAAAAUUUGGGGCUUUUAGCAGGUGCCUCAUUUUGGUCUUUGAGUGCUGACAUCAUAGGUAGAAGAUGGGCUUUUAAUCUAACAUUUUUAAUAACAGGAAUAUGGGCUGUUAUUGCAGGUUCAGCACCUAACUUUGCAGCUAUUGGAGUCUUUGCCAGUUUCUGGAGUUUUGGAGUUGGAGGAAAUUUACCUGUUGAUCUGGCUAUUUUAUUAGAGGCUUUGCCAUCGAAUUAUCAAUGGAUUUUGACUGUAAUGUCAGGAUGGUGGUCAUUGGGUCAAUUGAUUGCCAAUUUACUUGCUUGGGCUUUGAUUACUAACUUUUCAUGUGAUUCAGAAGCAGAAACUUGUUUGAAAAAAGAUAAUUGGGGUUGGAGAUAUUUCUUAUUCACCAUGGGAGGUUUGACUUUACUUUUCUUCGUAGCAAGAUUCUCCUUCAGAGUAUUUGAAAGUCCAAGAUUUUACAUUGCUAAAGGAAAGGAUGAAAAGGCUAUUGAAACAUUAUACAAGAUUGCCAAAAUCAACAAAGGUUCUACAACUGUUACAUUGGAAGAUUUAAAGAAAGUAGAUGAGUUGUAUCCAGUCGAAGAACACCUGAGUAAACAGAUCAUUGAAAGUAAGUUAAAGAAAUUUAAUCUUAGUCAUAUUCGUCAAUGUUUCUCAUCUAAGAAAUUGGCACUUUCAUCAACUUUGGUAAUCUUAACUUGGUCAAUUAUUGGAUUGGCUUUCCCUUUAUAUAAUGCCUUCUUACCAACACUUUUAGCUACUAAAGGUGAUGCCAACAAACCAUUGAGUGUUUAUUUAACUUAUAGGAAUUCUUUGAUUAUAUCAGUUAUAGGUAUUCCUGGAGCUAUUUUGGCAGGUUUUUUGGUGGAAUUGAAAACUGGUAGAAAGGGAACUUUAAUAUUUUCUUUGGUUUUUACAGGGAUUUUCCUUUUUGUAUCCACUACAGCUAAGACCUCAAAUGCUUAUUUAGGAUUGAACUGUGGUUUCAGUUUCUUUUCUAACAUUAUGUAUGGUGUGUUAUAUGCUUACACACCCGAAAUUUUCCCUACCAAAAUCAGAGGUACAGGUGUUGGUUUGGCAGCUACUGGGAAUAGAAUUCUAGGAGUCUUUGCUCCCAUUAUUGCAAUAUAUGCCGAUUUAACUACUUCAGCACCUGUAUAUGUUAGUGGUGCAUUAUUCUUGUUAUCGGGUAUUCUUGUAGUCUUCUUCCCAUACGAACCUAGAGGUCAUAACAGUUUAUAA